AUGGCGGCGGUCAUAGAAAAGGAUUCAACUCUAACAUUAUUGCUUCAUAUUCCACGUAGGGAACACUUUGAGCAAAGAAGCCGGGAGGAGCCAGUGAGGAAAACAAAUCUUGUGAAAAAAGGAACUGAGAGGGAAAGACAAGCCAAAGACCCCAGAGUGACCUGGGUGUCACAGAGAUGUGGUGGGAGCACCACGCCCUCUGGGAAUAGAGCGGAGCUCACCACAGGCGAGGGAGGUAGUAUGGAGAAAUCAGAGGGAAGCUCUGUGUCACAAGGUGAUGAGGAUGGGUCUCAAGUCAACAAGCCUGCCCAACUUCCUGAACUCAGCAGCCAUGCAGCAAAAUUCAACAGACUUAAAGAACAUUGCCACGCAUCUCAUGACAGUGCAAGUCAAGACAGUCUCAGCCGACCUUCUACCCACUCUACAGAGCCUUCUUGUUCUGACCAUGACCUUGACCUGAAGUCCACGCUUCCCUUGUCACCUUCCUCUCAAUGCGCUGAUGUUCCACUACCUGAAAUUAAAUCAGCAACUGAAACUCAUCAGUUUAUUACACCUCCUGAAAACAAGAGGGCCCCAGACUUAGAAUGGACUUUUUAUCCAAGGUUUGGUCUUCACACAUAUCAUAUUGGGAAGCGAUGCGUCUUCAAUGGUCUCUUCCUCCGAAACAAAACCUCUGCAUCAGAAAGGAUGUUAGAAAUGCGUUUGGGAAGAAAAAAACAUGAAAUCGAUCACAGAAAUGGCAUUGCAAUGGUAACCCCCUGUGACAACUGCUACAGCUGUCCAGAACACAGCAGAAACUUUCACAAAUUUGGAUCAACAAGGCCUGUGGUGAACUUUGGGUGUGCAACAUACAAAAGGAAAGCAGAUACAUUUAUCCCUCUCCAGCGCUUGUCACGGACUCCUUGCAUCCCUUUCCACGUGAAGGAGAAACAGCAGGAAUUGGAGAAAGAAAGGAACGAUGUGAAAAAUCUAGACAGAUGGAAGCCAGCUCCAACACUGCUUCAGGCUUUGGGUGCUAGUGUAUUAGCGCACAGAGUCAGACAGCGUGAAUCGUAG